AUAUUAUGACCUCUGGCCGAAAUUACCAUAUCCCCGCGCAUUAAUAUCUUUAUUAAUAAUUUCCACCUGUAUUUCAAUGUUGUGAGCAAACAUGUCACAAACCGUCAUAAUAGAGGGAGGGGCUUUCGUGGCUGCCAUGUUGAGAUAUAAUCUUUCAUACUAACAGGCGGUGAAGAGCGAAGUGCCAAAUGUUUAAUUGGAUCAGUUUUGCAUCAUAAUUGUUUGGACAUUUCUGAAAAUGGACGACGGAUUUAACAUGCAACUGAAAUAACCAUGACGUCUGAAAAAUUGAGUCAACCGCCUGCAAACGCAAGGAGACUUCAGUUUUCCAAAGUGUAUCUCGUACUAAUCAUUUUUUCAAUUUUCUUGAUGACGGCGGUUUGCAUUUACGGUGUAGAAGAUAAAUUCGUUGUAUACCAAAGGGUAUAUCUUCCAAAACCCUUGACGAAAAUCUUUGGUUACGGCGACAAAUUCAACGAGAGUGCUGUUCAGGAAAUCCAGCGGAGGGUUUCUGCUUAUAUAAGCCCAUGGCAAGCCGUACAAAUCAUUCAUCCAGACGUGCCGAGGGAAAAGAUUAUCUAUUCAAGCAACCAAGCGAGGCUGACAGCUCUCCACCAAUCAGAGACCAUCUCAGGACAUAAUCAAUGCGCGCUGAUCGGUAACGCAGGCAUUCUAUUGGAAAGUGGAUGUGGUGACGUCAUUGACAAGUUCGAAUUCGUCAUCCGAAUGAACCUCGCUCCUUCCGGAGGUGAAUUCAAGCGUGACGUUGGGUCGAAGGUCAAUUUAGUUACCCUCAACGCCGAGCAAAUUGGGAGGCUUAUAUCUUGCACGAACUCCAGCUAUCCUCCUGAAUGGAAGUGCAAAAGUGAAGACGAAGACUGUCUGCAGAAGCGCGAAAGGAAAUAUCCGCCCCUCCGAGCCCCUACCAAUUGUGAUUCCCUCUUGCGGAGAAUGAAGCGAUUCAAUGGAACCACUUUGUGGUAUUUCAAAUCUAUAGGCCGAAUUUUCGACGCUACAAAGAGGAUGCUAGGAAUACUCAAACCAAAAUACAACAUAGACAUCAAUUUUGCUUAUAGCACUACCAGCCUUAUGUCGCCUUCUCACAAGGCAUGGAAUGUCGGAUUCCCCUCAUCCGGUAUGGCAAUCUUGACGGCUGCUACGCAAUUCUGCCAGCAGAUAACCAUGUUCGGGUUCUACCCUUUCUCUCAAGAUUCGAGAAACCGAACUCUACGGCAUCACUACUACGAAGAGGGCACGAUGAAUUACACUUCGAAUCAACACCACAUGCCAAACGAAUAUCGAAUCUUCCUCGAGUUAAACCGAACCGGAGCAAUUAAUCUUGUCAACGAAUGUAGAUGAUUGCUAGGUUUUUUUUUUAUAUUUCUUCUUCAAAU